AUUCAGGAAUCUUAGUCUAAUUCAUAGUGUUAGCGACUGACCUCGAAUGAAAGUAUUCUACCUUCUAUAAUUGUACAUGAUGGCUUCUGCAGAGAAAUUUGAUGGGUUGCCUCCAUUUCCCGACGACGUGCCAACUGCUCCUCUUCUUCGUCUAUCACUAGAAAAGCUGCUACAGCGUGACAGUGGAGAAAUCAAGCGCUUCAGCGAGGCUUGUGAGGAAAUAGGUUUCUUCUAUCUGGACUUUCGAGAUUCGCAGCGUGGGGAAAGUAUCCUACAGGAUGCCGAUAGGCUGUUCAAGGUCGGCGAACAAUUGUUCGAGCUAGACCUGGAGGAAAAACAGAAGUAUGACUUCAGCAAGGAAAAUUCCUACUUUGGAUAUAAGGGACAAGGAGCUGCUGUUGUCGACCGACAAGGAAAUGUGGACAGAAAUGAAUUCUACAAUGUCUCGAAGGAUGACAUUAUGGGGGUCUCAAAACCGCUUCCAGCACCUGAAAUAUUGCGGGAGAACCGUGAUCCUAUCAAGUCGUUUAUGGAGAACGCCCAUUCAAUAGUGACCCUGGUUCUGGACCUUCUCAAUGAACAUCUCGGACUGCCACCAUCGACCUUGUCCAAUCUGCAUCGUCUCACCGGUGUCAGUGGUGACCAAGUUCGUUUCAUAAAGGCCCCUCCACAGCCCAUGGAUGACAGGCGCACAGCCCUGGGAGAACAUACCGACUUUGGAAGCGUCACCGUGCUGUUCAACCGUCUUGGUGGGCUCCAGAUUCUCCCGCCUGGGGAAGAUGCGGAGUGGUGCUACGUGCGGCCUCUUCCCGGGCACGCAAUCAUAAACCUUGGAGAUGCUAUGGUCAAGUUCACAAAUGGGCUCCUCCGCUCCAAUAUCCAUCGCGUGGUCGCUCCACCUGGACAGCAGGCGGAUAUAACCAGAUACAGUCUUGUCUAUUUCGCACGACCUGAAGAUAAUGUACCUCUCAAACGACUAAAUGGCAGCGAUCGUAUUCCUCCUCUCCCUUCUGAUGUAGUGGAGGAAGAUAUAAACAGCAAGGAUUGGAUCAUCCGACGAGCGCUGGGACGGAGAGUAGCACUAUAUAGUAGUGUUGAUUUUGACAAGUCUGCAGGAACAGAACAGAUAAGCCGCAGGAUCAAAGUAUAAUUUGUUAAAAAACGUUGAUUGUGAUAAUGAACCAAAGCAUGCUAUCAUCACCAUGUCAAAUGGUAGGAUUCAUCCUUCCUAGCAUAUUGUAACCCAAGGGGGUAUCUUCCCGCUAACAACCAACCGACAAACGCCUGAGUGACAUCCCUGAACUCCAAUGAACCAGCCAUCACUG